GCCGCGGCCACUCUUGGCCUCGGACAGUAUCUGCCUGGGCUUCAGGAGGUGGCGGCUGUUGGUCACCAGGGAAAAGGUUUGGGAGAGAAAGAGGAAAAGGACAACAGGUUCAAUUACAUCUAAGUUACAAUGAGAUGCCGUGUGUUCAUCGGUCACUUGAGCCCUCAUGCCCGAGAGAAGGACGUUGAGAGGUUUUUCAAGGGUUACGGACGUAUUCGAGAAAUCAACUUAAAAAAUGGUUUUGGUUUUGUGGAAUUUGAAGAUCACAGAGAUGCUGAUGAUGCAGUCUAUGAAUUGAAUGGGAAAGAACUGUGCAAUGAAAGGGUUACUAUUGAAUAUGCUCGAUCACGAUCAAGAGGAGGUUGGCGCAGAGGAAGCAGAAUCCCACCACGCUUCAGUUAUCGCAGACCUUAUAGUGGUGGAGGUGAGGGAAGAGGUGGCCGUCCAGUUCGUACUGAAUACAGAAUUAUUGUGGAAAACUUGUCCUCCAGGGUUAGUUGGCAGGAUUUGAAAGACUUGAUGAGACAGGCUGGAGAGGUUACAUUUGUGGAUGCACACAGAAAGAAAAAUGAGGGGGUGGUUGAAUUUGCCUCAUCAAGCGAUAUGAAAAAUGCUCUCAACAAGCUGGAAGGUGCGGAGAUAAACGGUCGCAAAAUAAGAUUAAUUGAAGAUCGGAAACGCAGGACCAGAAGCAGAUCUCAUUCUAGAAGCUCCUCAAGAUCUCGCAGCAGGUCACCAUCACCUAGGCAUUCAAAGUCAAAAAGUAGGUCCAGAAGCAGGAGUCGCAGUAAGUCCCGUUCUGCCAGCAGAUCACCAGGCAGGAAAGAUCAGCCAACAAAGAAGGCACAUUCAAGAUCAAAAUCUCCUUCCGGAUUGACGAACCAGUCAAGGUCCAGGUCGCGUUCGGUGGAAAGUGCUGAUUAGACAAUGUUUGUGAAAAGCUGUUUUCUUCUGUAAACUGAUAUUUGCCAUGUUUUACUUGAGACAGUUUGUGCGUUUGUGGAUGCUUCUCUUUGUUCAUCUAGAUUUUUGUUGAACUGUAAAAUGUGACUCUUUCUUUAAUACACAAAGUCCAUUAAUGCAAAAUAAAUUUUCUUGUAUUGGAACUGGUUUUAAAGUUCUAUGCUGCUUUGGUAUUGAAUAUAUAAUUGAUUGAUUGAGUAAACUAAUGGAAUGUUUUUUGUGAAAAGCUGUUGGCACAUCUUAGAUUCUCCAGUUCAUAUUAGUUUUUCUGUUCAUUAUAACUGAUAUAUUAUACUUUUGAUUGAAACUAAAUAAAUAUUAUCACACAUUU